GCCGCGCAAACAAGAGCCGCACACCACUUUCAAAACUCCAGCAGUGCGCAGUAAGUUUUGGGAGCUCUACGAAAUUCUAGUUUGGCUUGGAGGUUCUUACAUUUGUUUCGGCAACGUACUUUUUCAACUAACAAAAUGUCCACUCCCGUUGGUCCGGAGCCCUGCAACGUGGUGUGCCCCAGCUGCCACCAGCAGGUCACCACCCGUAUAGAGCCAAAGGCCACCACCAAGACCCACUUGAUAGCACUGAUCAUGUGCCUGACCUGCUGCUGGCCCUGUGCCUGCUGCCUCUACUGCACCCAAUGUGCCCGGAACUCUGACCAUCAUUGCCCAUCCUGCAACGCCUUUAUUGGCACCUACGAGCGUUGAGCAGAUUUCGAUUUUAAGGUUGUGGAUUUUCGUAGUCUGCGGCCAGCAGUCGUACCGAAAUGCAGCCCAAAACUUUACAUUGUUACCUCUCUCACAUUUAUUAUUACGCAAUAUUUUGAUAUUAAGCAAAACAUUGUAGUACCUGCUUAAGCUUUUGUAUUCUCAGCACAAAAAUAAAAAGAUUCAAGGAAGAAA